GUAGGGAAGAGCUGGAGGCUGUCGUUUGGAGCCGGGAAUGGAGGCGGAGGAGGAGGAGAGGACGGAGCGGUGGCAUAUCUUCAGCAGUGGCAGCUGUCUCCGCCCAAGGUUUUAAGGCCAGGUUCCCCCUUCCACCUGCCCCCGAUCCCACACCCACAGGAGACUAACAACAGGCCUCAGGCGGAGUGUCCCCCUCGUCACCCUCCACCCCGUCAGUCAGUGUCCGCUCGGCGCCUGUGAGUCUGUGAAAUCGGGGCCGCGGGCCCGGGCCUGGGCCUCUGCCUCUGCUGAGCACAGAGAGGGCCGCACAUCUCUUCCCCGGCCAUCAACCGGCGCAGGAAGAUGGCGAACGAGCCUCCCGCCCGCAGUCUGGACGACAUCGACCUUUCAGCUCUCCGGGACCCUGCAGGAAUUUUUGAACUGGUGGAAGUUGUUGGAAAUGGGACUUAUGGACAAGUAUACAAGGGUCGACAUGUCAAAACGGGACAGCUUGCAGCCAUCAAAGUUAUGGAUGUCACAGAGGAUGAAGAGGAGGAGAUCAAACAGGAAAUUAACAUGCUUAAAAAGUACUCACAUCAUAGAAAUAUUGCAACAUACUAUGGUGCCUUCAUCAAGAAGAGUCCUCCAGGCCAUGAUGACCAACUUUGGCUGGUUAUGGAGUUCUGUGGAGCUGGAUCAGUCACCGACUUGGUCAAGAACACAAAAGGAAAUGCACUGAAAGAAGAGUGGAUUGCCUACAUCUGUAGGGAAAUACUGAGGGGCUUAACACAUCUUCAUGCACAUAAAGUUAUUCACCGAGACAUCAAGGGACAGAAUGUGUUACUGACAGAAAAUGCUGAAGUAAAACUUGUUGACUUUGGUGUGAGUGCUCAACUCGACCGAACUGUCGGAAGAAGGAAUACAUUCAUUGGCACCCCAUAUUGGAUGGCACCGGAAGUGAUUGCCUGUGACGAGAACCCAGAUGCCACCUACGAUUAUAGGAGUGACAUUUGGUCUUUGGGGAUUACUGCAAUUGAAAUGGCAGAAGGCGCACCACCUCUGUGUGACAUGCAUCCAAUGCGAGCCUUAUUCCUUAUUCCAAGAAAUGCCCCUCCAAGAUUGAAGUCUAAAAAGUGGUCAAGGAGGUUUAUAGAAUUUAUUGAAAAUUGUCUGAUCAAAAAUUACACUCAGAGACCAUCCACAGAUCAGCUGUUGAAGCACGGCUUCAUUCGAGACCAGCCAACUGAGAGGCAGGUCCGCAUCCAGCUAAAAGACCAUAUUGAUCGGACCCGGAAGAAGCGUGGUGAAAAAGAAGAGACGGAGUAUGAAUAUAGUGGUAGUGAGGAGGAGGAGGACAAUGUCGGCGAAGAAGGAGAACCAAGCUCCAUCGUGAACUUGCCGGGUGAGUCCACGCUGAGGCGAGAUUUCCUGCGGCUGCAGCAGGAGAACAAGGAGCGAUCAGAAGCUGUGAGGCGGCAGCAACAGCAAAUUGUGCUGCCUCGGCGGGACCUAGAGGAGCACAAGCGGCAGCUUAUCUCAGAGCGGCAAAAACGCCUCGAGGAGCAGAAGGAGCAGCGCCGUCGUCUGGAAGAGCAACAACGGCGAGAACGGGAACUACGCAAACAGCAAGAGAAAGAGCAUCAGAGGCAGCUGGACGAGAUGCAGCAGCUACGCAGAGAAGAGGAGAGGAAACAAGCUGAGCGAGAGCAGGAGUACAUAAGACAUCAAUUAGAGGAGGAGCAGAGGCAGUUAGAGAUUCUUCAACAGCAGCUACUGCAGGAACAGGCUCUGCUUCUGGAAUACAAACGGAAGCAGCUGGAGGAACAGCGGCAGUCUGAGCGACUACAGAGGCAACUACAGCAAGAGCAUGCAUUCCUCAUGUCACUGCAGCAGCAGCAGCAGCAGCAACAGCAGCUGCAAAAGCAGCAGCAGCAGCCCCAAGAAAAGAAGCAGUUGUACUAUUACAAUAAAAAUGUGAAUCCAGCUGACAAGCCAGCCUGGGCAAAGGAGGUUGAAGAACGCUCCAAAAUGAACAGACAGAACUCUCCUGGUGCGAAGCCUAAGAUGGGGACGACAAUAUCUGAUCCAUCGCUGCAGUCACUCACAGAAUCCGUACCCAGCAGUGCUGCCCAAAACUCUCAGACACCACCCAUGCACCGACCUGUGGAGCCGCAGGGAGCCCAGUCAAAGUUUCAAGUGGCGCACCUUGUUGCGCUGAAGCCGUCGUCAGCACCGGUGCCGCGGUCUCAGUCACUUCAAGACCAACCGACCAAGAAUGUCGCUGCCUUCCCAACCCAGGAACCUGCACCAGUGAAGCGUGGUGAGAUGCUGCGUCAGAACUCUGACCCGACCUCAGAGACUCCUGUACUCCCACCCCGUGCCAACAACAGGGACGACUCUGGGCCAUGGGUGAAGAUGGAAGACGAGGCACCUCCCAAGGUUCCUCAAAGAACGACCUCCAUAGCUACAGCACUGAACAGCAGUAGUGCACUGAUAAAUCGACCCGGACAGGCACCGCGUGCAAGCAAUCCAGAUCUACGCAGGAUUGAACCAGGAUGGGAAAGGGCAGAGAGUCUCCCAUUGAUUGGCCCCCAUCGGAUAUUUGGGACUGGUUCCAUGGAACGCAACAGAAUUACAACUUCCUCCAAGCCUGAAGGAUCGCCAGUCCUCUCUCAGGAUACAAACCGCAGAAAGCCAGAGGAGAUACGUACUACCUCACGACCCGGCAGACCUGCAAGCUAUAAGAGGGCAAUAGGUGAGGACAUGCUGAACCUGGGGAAAGAGAUCCGGUCAGACGAGCUGCCCAAACCACCAGUUAAAGUGAUGGACUACUCGUCUUCCAGUGAGGACUCUGGCAGCAGUGAUGACGAGGAGGAAGAAGGUGACAACGAGCAUCAAGAUGAGAAUCUGUCCAGCUCUGAUGGCUCCAGAUCAGGACCAACCCGUAACAAAGAUGGUGACACAGACAGCAUAAACACAAUGGUGGUGCAUGAUGAAGAGGAGCCUUCAGCAGCUGAUACACCCAGCAACACCUAUGGAGAUGGGACAAUGAUUGUUCAGAGGACACCCGAGGAAGAACGAGGGGUCCAUCAUCCAGACAGCAAUGGUUUCACAAGUCACGUUAACCUGCCCGAUUUAGUGCGGCAGAGCCAUUCCCCAACUGAUCCCAAGGGACCUACCUCACAGCAGGACGAUGGUUUAGCAGAGUUUCAGUCAAGAGGCCUUGUGAAAUCACCUGGCAAGUCAUCGUUUACCACCUUUGUUGAUCUUGGAAUGUACCAGAUGGACGCUGGUGGGGAUACAAUACAAAUCGGUGGUCUAAGCAUCAGUGAUGGAGGCGGAUUAAACCAACUGAAGUAUGAAGACAGGAAGUGCUCGGUGGUGAAUGUCAAUCCGGCCAACACCCGACCGCACAGUGAUACGCCCGAAAUACGCAAAUACAAGAAACGUUUUAAUUCUGAAAUACUUUGUGCUGCCUUGUGGGGUGUGAAUCUGCUGGUGGGCACAGAGAAUGGGCUGAUGCUACUUGAUCGGAGUGGCCAGGGUAAAGUCUACAGCCUCAUCAGUCGUCGACGCUUCCAGCAGAUGGAUGUCUUAGAAGGGCUGAACCUCCUCAUCACUAUAUCAGGUAAACGGAAUAAACUGCGUGUGUAUUACUUGUCCUGGCUGCGGAAUAAGAUUUUACAUAAUGAUCCAGAGGUGGAGAAGAAGCAGGGCUGGACCACAGUGGGAGAUAUGGAGGGCUGUGUGCACUACAAAGUGGUGAAGUACGAGAGGAUCAAGUUCCUGGUUAUUGCGCUGAAGAACUCAGUUGAGGUCUAUGCCUGGGCUCCGAAGCCUUACCAUAAGUUCAUGGCUUUCAAGUCAUUUUCAGACCUGCCUCACAAACCAACACUGGUUGACUUGACUGUAGAAGAAGGUCAGAGAUUGAAGGUUAUAUAUGGAUCCACUACAGGCUUUCAUGCAGUUGACGUAGAUACUGGAAACACCUAUGAUAUUUAUAUCCCAGUGCAUAUUCAGAGCCACAUUGUGCCUCAUGCAAUUGUCAUUCUACCCAACACUGCGGGAAUGGAAAUGCUUCUAUGCUACGAAGAUGAGGGAGUUUAUGUGAACACUUAUGGCCGGAUCACCAAGGAUGUGGUGCUGCAAUGGGGUGAGAUGCCGACCUCUGUUGCAUACAUCUGCUCAAACCAGAUCAUGGGUUGGGGCGAGAAGGCAAUUGAAAUCCGCUCUGUCGAAACAGGUCAUCUCGAUGGAGUUUUCAUGCACAAAAGAGCCCAGCGGCUAAAGUUCCUAUGUGAACGAAAUGAUAAGGUGUUUUUCGCUUCUGUUCGUUCAGGUGGGAGCAGUCAAGUUUACUUCAUGACAUUAAAUAGGAACACAAUCAUGAACUGGUAAAAGGGGCCACAUGUUGGACUACUGAAGUGUUGGAUACUGUAAAUAAGGAGAACGAUGUGUUUUGUAGAUCAGAGCUUUAAAACCAGAGUUGGAAGGCCUCGGGAAGGUUUCUGUGGAAAUUGCGGUGGAUUCUCGUGCCUCAAAUGAUAUCAAUGAAGCUGUUCCUUCGCAAUUGGUGUUUUCCUUCCCCGGGCUGGAGAACGAACUUGACAGCUUGGCUGCAGUCACCCAGCAUGCUUUUCCCUUUGGACACUGAGGCUGCUACUUCUUGGUGGCAGGUCAUGUGGAUGGAGUGUGCACAUGGUUGAGGUUAAUGGGGAAGGUUGGGAUGGUGUGGCAGGAAAUGGGCUGAAGGAUAAUGGGUCAGAGUGAUUGGAGAUGAGCCACUAUUCUAGACGGGAGAGUCGGAACCACCAAAUACCAGUGUGACCCAAGCUGUGCCUCCUCAGACUUGUUGGGAAAACCUGGUUUGUGCCCAGACUGGCGGUUCUGAUAGUUUCGGGGUAUAUUGUUUUUUGCUUAUUUUAGAGUAGAACUAAAAUAGUUUUGCAAAUUUCUUUCAUGCAUCCAAACAUUUGCGCAAAAAUGUCAUGUCCGGUUGCAUCUAACCAGGAUGCUGAAAGGUGUGGGCCAAUCCUUUGUUGAUUUAAGGGACCAUUCAAGGUGAUGGAAGGAUCAUACAUGCCUCAGGUAAAGUGGUGAGGAGUGAGUCAGAAAAGGCACACCAGCAUCGCAGUACCAUUUUUGUUAAAAUCUCACCUCAAAAUAUCUCUGAGGUCUCUUUUGCUUGGCAAUAUUGGGCUGUAUGUACAAUCUGGGCCAACUCGAGAGUUUCAAUCGCCUCAGAUGUUUCGAAAUGUCUGGUAAAAUCAUCUCCUUCAUUCUUUUGCCUGCCCACGUGAAAUUUGGCAAAGAUGUUUGCUUGUCUUUCUGACGAGUCAAACCUGUGAUCUCUCUGCAUGCACAUAACCUCUCUCUCCCUUCCCUCCCACCCCCAUUCUCUUGCGGUCUCUCUCCCUUCACCCUCCCCAUUCUCUCUGU